CACGGGUAAUCAUCUGAUAAACAAUAAUGGGAAAGGAAAAAGAAAACCGAACCUAAUCCAUCUAAGUAAUGGUGAUCCACGGAGCAAUCCUCGAUUUCUAUCUGAGCAGCAAUCUCAGAUUAAUUAAUGCGCUGUACUCAUGAGUGAUUGCAUUUCCCAGUACUGGUACUGAUCUGUCUUUCAAGUGUCAAACUCUAGAUUGACAUAUUACAUGUUUACAUACCAACCGGGCAACCGUUUGUUUUUAUUUACGGCGACUCUUUAGUAUCCAAUAAUAAUUGCCUUCUAUUCAUCGUAGGAUGGAUAGUUCAUCUACGCUAUCGAUAGUUAAAAUAUAAAAAAUCGGAUUGUUGCUAGGUUAGAUAUUUUACAAAUCGUUGUUGUUUUAUAUUGUGUGAUUAUGGAUUCAUCAAGCAGUGAUAGCGACGACAGUGAUCUUCAAGUACUGGCACAGUUAUCAGACUGGGAUGAUGAUGAAGGCGACUGUGGUGAAAUUGCAUUCGUUGAACUUUCCAAAUCCUUCCUAAGGACAGACUUUAUGGCAAGUUUAAGCGACGCUGAAUUUACGUUCAGAUUCAGGAUGAACAAAGAAUCGGUAGAGUCACUUUUAAAUGAAAUAAUGCCAUUCGUCAAAGUGAAAUCAAGGCGAAAUAAUGGCAUACCACCCUUGCAUCAGCUUCUACUGGCUCUUCGAUUCUAUGCAUUGGGUGCAAUGCUCAAGUCAGUGGCAGAGUUUGUUGGAGUAUCACAAUCUUCAGCCUGUAGAAUAGUGGCUGACAUAUCUACUGUCUUAGCUAGAUUGUACAGUAAAUAUAUAAAUCUACAUGCCAGAACUACACUAGAUUUUUAUAAUAUAGCUCAGUUUCCCAGAGUAUGUGGUGUCAUUGGCUGUACACAUGUACCAAUCCAAUGUCCAAGUUCAACAAUGGGUGAGGAAUAUAGAAAUAGUAAAGGAUAUUACUCAUUUCAUGUCCAGGCUGUAUGUGACGCAGACCUCAAAUUAUUAAACGUUGUGUCUCAAUGGCCUGGUUCGGCACAUGAAUCUACUAUUUUCGAUAAUUCUGUAUUACGAGCUCAGUGUGAUGAUGGUGUUCUAGGAAAUUGUUGGUUACUUGGUGACAAUUCAUAUCCAAACCGACCUUAUUUGCUCACACCUGUGUACAACCCGUCAACAGCUCAAGAAGUAAGGUAUAAUGAAGCCCACAUUCAAACAAGACGUGCCAUAGGAAGGGCAUUUGCAGUCUGGAAGCGACGUUUCCCAGUAAUUUCACUGACCAUGAGGCUGUCACUAGAUAACAUACAAGCAGUUAUAAUUGCGACAGCAGUACUUUACAAUAUUUGUAUUAACCACAACAUUGAGGAUGUACCCCCAGAGGUUGAAUUGCCAGAUGAAAAUGAAAUAGCUGCAACUGCAGAAAACAUCCAGAGUUCAGAAAAUGAUCUAAGGAACAGGCAACAUUUAAUAGCAAACUUUUUUUAAAAAUGAACUUGUUAACUAGUGGCAAACUGUAUAAAGUGUAAAAUUUUGUAAAUAAAAAGCUAUUUUUAUA